AUGGCACAGCGUCCAGAGCCUACCGUGAUGCAGAAUCACCGUGGAGAGCGGGUUAUGCCACUUCCGUACCGCAUGAUACCCCAGAUCAAAGUCAAGUCACGCAAGCUUUCGGUUAUGGAGGGUGACAAUGAGCACGUGAAACUGACAAAAAAACAACGCAAUGAGUAUAAUCUCGAACCAGAGCUUGAGUCUGCCACUGAUGGUAUGAAACGUCAGAGUGCGGAAAGAAUCACUCCUUUUGAUCUCCAUCUUCAAGCGGUGUAUGAAGGAAAUGCAGAGGAUGGAGUGCAUUUUUUCGAAUCACAUGGCUACUAUGAUAUAAGUGAUGCAAAUACCGUGGAAAUGUUCCGUCAGAACUUUGGGUUAAGAAAAGGAUUUUGGCUGAACAUGGAGAAUGAAAACAAAGACAUUUCGUGCAAUAUUCUUGUUCCUGCAGUCUAUCCAUUUGGCUCGCAACACGAGAUUAUGAGUUCAAGAAAUUUAUUGCAUCGGGAACGUACCGAUUCUGGCAGGUUUACACUUUUGGACGAUGAAGGAAAUGAAGUGGAUGAAGAUACAUUGUGGGAAAUGCAACGCGAAGAUCGUCUUAAAGCGAAAAGCUUGGAACUGGACGAUGAUGACCUUGCGGAACUUGCACAUGAUGAAAUGGUCAUGGUACAAGCGAUCACAUUUAUUCGGUCAGAGAAGAUUCAGUUGCAACAGUUUUUGUUACAAGCUUUUCAGGACGAACAAGCUCGUGCAGUCCAAUUGAAAAGUCCCGCGAUACGACCAUCCUUACAGAUGGAAGUACCACGAUCCAUGACGCCAACUAAUCUCGACUUGCCGCCGUAUUGUGGCUAUGUGAACCUACUCAAAGACUCGAUUCCAUUUUUAAUGCGUAGCUGGCACAAACGUUGGUUCUAUUUGGACUUUCAAGCGGGGCUUGUACUUAUCUACAAACGUAGCUAUUGGAAGAGUCCACGUGGAAUGAUUGACUUACGUAACGUGGCUCACAUUGAAAAAAUGAGUCAAAGCGAUUUUCGAAUUGAAUUUCUCGACUCAGGCUCGAAUGCGCCUGCUAUGAUGCUCAUGCGUUCAAAAACGCCAGAAGAGUUAGACUUGUGGGUAAAUCUGCUGCGUUUUGCCAAGCAGAUAUCGCAUGGAGUGCCAUGUCUUACAACAUCUAUGAUGGACAAUACCAAGGCGCUUAUGAAGAAGAGUAACAAAAAGACCCAGAUUGACGUUUUGGCGCAACUAUUACAGGUAUCAGCUAAUAAUGCGCCGUCGAGUCACCUCCGUGCUAUUGCACAGGCCUCGGCUAUUGCCGCAUCUGCUGUCUCCAGACGCAAUUGCAAACCCACCAAAUUUCAUCAUGCAAUCACAGCAUAG